UGCUUCCAGCAGCUAGGCUCUCUGACACCAACUUAGCUUGACAGCUAGCACUGGGAACGUCCGAACCGAACUAGCUGGCCGUGUCUUACACGGUCUCUACGUCAUGGAUCUCAACGGCAUCCUCUCCCAGCUUGAAAGUGCAAACGAAAAGGACACAGAGAGGCUUUUACAUCGUUACAGUCAAGAGAACACUCAGACCUUCACGUUUGACCAAAAAGAAGAAGCCCUGCGGAUUAAACUCUGUCAGAGUGUGUUGACGGUACUUGGGAGACAGGUGCAGCCCAGCUGUCAGAAGACAUGUCUGGAAACACUUCGCAUCCUGUCCAGAGACAAGCGUGUCCUGGGACCUGUAGCCACCGUGGAGGGCAUGCUGGUUUUGACUGGGAUGGCGAUGCUGCGUACCGGAGAGGAGGACUGGCAUAAGCAGGAAACCACUCAGGAUGGUUUACAGUCUGAGGAGGAGAAGAGGGUGGUCGUGGAGGCAUUAAAGUGCCUAUGCAACGUUGUGUAUAACAGUGCUGCAGCUCAGCAGGUUUGUGUAGAUAUCCAGCUCGCUAGCAGCCUUUGUGCCAGCUUGCGCUUCGCCCACACAUGGCAACAUGAGGUGGGCCUGUUUAUCCUGCGCCUCUUCUUCUUGUUGUCUGCCCUGCGACCUGAUGUGAGAGGAGUACUGAGGAAAGACUGUCAGGCUGUGAGACUGCUGACAGAGGUCCUGGAGCACACUCUGUACGUGCACUGGGUUGGUACCUAUGAAGCCGCUCGACCAGAACCACAGGAUCUGCCCCUGCCUGCAGAGAACAACGAGCGAGCGAUGGAAGCUCUUAAAGCCUUGUUCAACCUCACACUCUCAGAAAGUCGGAACGAGGAGGACCACCACCAGUUCCGACUCCUAGCUGCUAUCUUGCGUCACCUGUUGAUGCUGAAAACUGAGACAGAGGAGAAAACAGAAGAAGCACACAGCCACGCUGUCAACCUGCUUAACAACCUGCCCGUAUCCUGCCUGGAUGUGUUAAUCGAUGUGCCCGUCCAGGGCGGCGUGGAGGAGUACGGCGGGAAAAACAUGGAAGCAGUUCAGGUGUUACUGGACUUCAUGGAGAGGAGAAUCGACAAGGUAAAGUUCCUUGUCGAGGGCUCCAACUACAAAGAGGGUUUGACUCCAGUACUCAGCCUGUUAACUGAAGGAUCCAGAUGCCACAGAGAGAUCCGCAGAUUUAUCAAAACUCAGGUACUUCCUCCACUGAAGGAUGUGAAGAUCAGGCCCGAAGUGGGCACCACCAUCAGAAACAAGCUGGUUCGCCUCAUGACACAUGUGGACAUGGGUGUGAAGCAGACGGCCGCAGAGUUUCUGUUUGUCCUCUGCAAAGAGAGUGUGGACAAUCUUUUGAAGUACACGGGAUACGGAAACGCAGCAGGUCUCCUGGUGGCUCGGGGGCUUCUGGCCGGAGGGAGAGGAGAGACUCAGUACUCCGAGGAUGAAGACUCGGACACGGAGGAAUACAAGUCUGCCAAGCCUUUGUGAGUUACUCGGAAGGCCAGUAUCCACUUGUUCAUUAGUGAGAAAAUAGUUUUGCAGAUGUACAUUAGGCUCUUUAAUUUUGCCAUUUCUAGCAUUAACCCCAUUACUGGUCAUGUGGAGGAGCCGAUGCCAAACCCUAUUGAAGAGAUGACGGAGGAGCAGAAGGAGUAUGAAGCUGAGAAACUGGCCAAUAUGUUCGACAAGUUGUCAAGGCAGAACGUGAUCAGGCCAAUGGGCGUCAGGCCAGACGGAACGUUGGCGCCACUCGAAGAGACUCUCAUUGGUCGACCUGAAGAAAACUCUGAUACAGACUCUGACUAGUGCACUUCACGUCUAGGCCACGGUUUCCAGAGCUGGGUCCUCUUUAAGAUUAUCAGUGAAACUAAACUGUGACAUGCUGCACUUACACAUUUUACAUGUACCUGACUGACAGAUAUAUAAAACUAUCCUGGACUCCAACGUUACUUUUUAACCCGUGAAGUCCAGAUUGUCAUCAGGGGGUUCCACUUGGUGUGUUAAGAGAAGAAGUACUUUGUUGUAGAAUAAUCUGGAACACCCAGAUUACUGUGAUGAGUUUAACUGUAAAAUACCGAACCACAGGCAGAUUAUUUGGCAUGUUAAUGAUGGAAAACAAGAAAUAUAACUUUAUAAGUCUGUCAGGCAUAGUUCUUCUGCUUCUUGCAGAAUUAUUAAUUGCUAAAGUGUCUUGCAAAAGUAUUCAUACCCCUUGAAGUUUGCUUUUUGUCAGGUUACAACCACAAACUUAAAUGUAGUUUAUGUGAUAGACAUAAAGAUAGAUGGGAUUUAAAAUCUUAAAAGUGCAUUGUGCAUUUGGGUUCAGUCCACGGGUCAAUACAUUCUAGAACCACCUUUGCAGCAGUUACAGCUACAAGUCUUUUGGGGUAUAUAUUUACCAGCUUUGCACAUCUAGAGACUGAACGUCUUUAUAAAAUAGCUCAAGCUCAGUCAGAUUGGGUGGACAGCAUCUAUAAACAUUCAUUUUCAGCUCUUGCCACAGAUUCUUAAACAGGUUUAGGUCUGAACUUUGACUGGGCCAUUCUAACACACAAAUGUACUUUGAUUUAAACCAUUCCAUUGUAGCUCUGGCUGUAUGUUUAGGGUUGAUGUUGCGCUGGAAGGGGAACGUCUGCCCCAUGUGUUGUAGAGCCCCAAACACGUUUGCCCAUCAACUCUGACCAGCUUCCCUGUCCCUGCUGAAGAAAAGCAUCACUACAGCAAGAUACUGCCACCACUUUGGGGACGGGGAAGUACAUGCAUAGUUAGUUUUUCACCAAUAUUAAAUAAACUCAGUAUUUAUAAUUUCAGGAGACAUCUGUAUUCCCCCUGAGUUUAAAAUGCACACAGAUUGACUGUUUAAUAAUUAGGUGACUUCUGCAGGCAAUUGUUUGCACUCAGCUUUAUUUAGAGGUAUCCUUUACUUCACAAUUUACCUUUAACUUCACAAUAAUGCACUACUUUGUGUUGGUCUAUUAUAAAAUACACCAUUUGUGCUUGUAAUAUGACAAAAUAUGGAGACACUCAAGGGGGGUAUGAUUACUUUUGUAAGGCACCUUAUAUGUUGUAUGGGUGCCUACUUUGGUGCAAAUACAAAAUCAAUGAAAUAUGUCUAAAGUGAUGGGGCUAUUUGACAAUAGCCCCUGAAAGCGAGUGCGGUUAAUUUUGUCCCUUUUGCAGUUCAUACCUUUGUAGUUUUGGUCGAUCAUGUGUCAAAACGUAUCCACCAUGACAGACAACAGCUUCAACUGGUUUUCUAUAUUCUACUCAUAACCCUCUGUAAGGAAAUUGGGAUUUUGAUUGAGGUUGAUCAGGGGUCAUAGUCUGUCAUGUCACCUGGUCCACAAAGAAUGAAAAAAGGGUUCAAUAAAAGGUUUUCACAAAUUAAUCUACCAUAAAUUUUAAUUAUAAGAUUGAAGGUGGUUUUUGUACAUGUGUGUGAAAUGGAAGUAAGGGGUGAAUUGGUCUGGAGCCCUGAAGGCUGUUGCUGUUAUUAAGUAGCUACAGGCUGUCAGUCACUCAGAAUUCAUUUGAGGCCUUUAUGGUUAACUGUUGCCUCCUUAAGUUAUGAAACAAAAAUCAUAUUUUUUGCUGGUUUUUUAGUUUUGUUUUAUUGUGAAAACAGGUGCCAGGUUUUAUAUGUUAAAAUCAUUCCUUUUGUCUCUGCUUGUUUGGUUCCUCACAUUCUUUAUGUUCUGGUAGGUUGUUAGUCGGUUAGGUGGAACCAUAAUUAAACACUGGACAGUUAACCACUCCCUUGGUUUGAAGUCUCACCACCCAUGCAGAACUGAGGAUUAUUGUGAAAUCAGACAGCUCAGUCACAACCUUUCCACCAUGAAUGUUGCACACCAGUUUGCCACCAAGGAAACUUUUUAAAUUCAGGGCUCGUUAGCUAACAUACAUUUGCUUUUUAAGCAGUUUAAAGUGAACGUGGUUUAAUAUGUAGUUGCUAAAUUUAGGAAAGCACACUUAUUGUGGACUUUUGAUGAAAUGUUUAAACUGCAAUGAUUGUUUUUAAUCAAAUUGCUUUUGCCAAAUCUGCACGGUGAUUAAAUCAAAUGUUAUUUUUGUCCCCUUUGAAAAACGUUCAUUUUUAUAUAAAUGUAUAUGCUCUUGUGCAAGUGUAAGCCUAAAGCUGUUGGUUGGUACAGUAACAGGUUCAGUUCCUCACAAUUUUACUGUAACUGCGAUGCUUUGAAGCCUAGUCCGAUUUGUUAUAUUUUCUUACCAUUAUGUUUUUGUAUGUUUUGUAUUGAAACUGCUUUGCUUUAAGUUAUGCUGUUAUUUUCCUACACAAUCAUCCUGGGAUACUUUUUAAAAAUUGCAUGAACGUGGGGAGAAUAUUUUAUUUGUUCUUUUUGCACUUUUUUUGUGUACCGUAGGCAGCACUACUUUAUUGUGUGAGGCUUUUCCACUGAAAGGUUAAUAAAGUGAAGAACAAAACCCGA